AUGCCUAUUAUGAGGCCCUCAUCAGUCCAAUCCCAUGUGAGACCCAUAGCUCCAAGUUCAACAGCCCAACUUCAUAUGAGGCUUACAGCUCCAGCUCCAAGAGCACCUCCAAAGCCCAACCCACCAUUUAGGCCCCCACAUAUUAGGCUCAUUGUUCCUACUUCAGCUGCUGCUCCUAGUUCAGGAGUUCCAAACACCACAAGGACUCUAAUGGUGUCAAAUGAAACCAGGAAUGGAGCAAGUAAAACAACCACUUCUAGAUUCUCUAAGUUCAUGACAAAUCAGGGAAAUUCGGUUGCUAGUUAUGCUGGAAACAGGGGCUAUCCUCCGAAUAAGGUUGUCUGUACUGAAGGACCAGACAGAGUCAGAGAAUUAAUUGCCAUAAGCACUUCAUUUGAUCAUGGAGAAGAUGGGAACUUGCCUCUAGUGAGGGAAGGGGGUCAUUCACAUCGUCGAAUUGUUCAUGCUGCUGAUAUGAUUGGAAAAGAAAUUGAAAGGGCUCUGCUGAAGUCAGUUGUUAAUAAUCCUAAUAUUUUUGUGUUUGAACACCAUUUCGCUAUAGAUCUUCUCACUUGUCAGGAUGGAUUUGAUAUCACUUGUGUUGGUAUUGACACUCUGAAUACUGAAACAUUAGAGGUGGUAAGAUUCCUUUCAAAGGUGACUUUGCUUGCAUCUGGUGGAGCUGGACAUAUUUAUCCCAAAACUACAAAUCCUCUGGUGGCUACGGGAGAUGGAAUUGCCAUGGCACACCGAGCUCAAGCUGUGAUUUCAAACAUGGAGUAAGUAGAUGAAGGCAAAAGGAUACAUAACUUAUGCAUCACAGAAUCUCUUGAAGGCAAAAGGAACUACAUAUUAAGUUAUAGUGUUGGGUUUUAAUUUGCAGCAGGAGUAUUUGUGUGUAAUUUAUUUGUAUUUGUAAACAUGUUGUAAAAGCAUGUAUAUGAAUGAAUUAGAUUGACUGAUCUGUUGACAUUAAAUUCUUGAAAUUAGAUUGGCUGUUUUG